AUUGAACCAAAUCCAAAUAAAGCCGAACCAAAAUCAAUUCAAACCGGAAAUAAACCAAACGUUCGCCAAACGUUUCCUUCUCUUUUUGUCAAACACGUUCACUUUAUGAUAUCUGUCUCUCUCGAUGAUUACAACACUUCCUCCAAAUCACCGACUCACAAAAUCUGUAAUUUCUCUGUCUUGGUGAAUUAAUCACACAUCUCCUCGAGAAGAAGACGAUCUAAAGGGAACAGUAAAGAAGAACCUUAAAACCCGAUUAAAUGGAUCGUUCUAAUUCUAACAGAAGAUUUCUUCUUUUUCUAUUGAUCAUACUGUUAGAUUCUCCAAUAAUAUGCCACAGUUGGGGAUGGUUCUCUUCUUCUUCUUCUUCCUCUGCAGAAAAUACAGACUCUUCUUUCUCUCGGUCUAUCAAAUCCAGUCCAGACUUCUCCAUAGAAGUUUUCAGUGACCAGAAGGCGGUUCGAUUACUUGAAGACGCCAAAAACAAGCUUGUGGGACCAAACAGCUGCUGGCAAAAUGCAUAUGGUUACCUCUUGUCUGGCUGCAAGAACAUGGUUGCCACAGAAGAAAAGCGGAAGAGAUUUGCUUGGCAUCUCAGCGAUUGCUUCCAGAAAGAAUCGGGAAGACCUGAUUUUCCAACCUGCAAUGAUAAAUCAACCAUGAUGAGUUGCCUUAAGAAGCUAGAUGAUCAUGAGCACAAGAUCUAUCUCGAAUUCAUGCUUGAGACCAACACCAUCUGCCAACAAUUACAGAGUCAUGCAUUCAAGAAUGAAAUAGAGAGACUUGUGAAUGAUUUGAGGACCUCAGCUCAAAAUACAGAAGACAAAUUGGAUAUUCUCGAGAGUAAAUCCGAUCUUCUAUUGCAGAGCACGAGCAUGAUUCAUGAAUCUGUAGGGUCAAUAGAUGUUGUGGUUAAGAACGUGGCUCAUACGACAAACACAAUAGAGACUCAAGUGAGUGGAGUGUCUCAGCAAACCAAAGAGAUUUAUCAAGAACAGAAGAGCAUUGCGGAGACACAGUUAGCGCUAAGGGAAGGUCAAGAGAAGAUGGGAGAAACGAUGAAAGCUGGAAUGGAGAUGGUCGGUGAUACGGUCGCUAACGUCAAGGAAGGAGUAGAUAAGUUGAGAAACGACACGAAGCAAAUCGAAGGGGAGAUCAAUGCACUUGGCAAAGAAAUGUCGCAGAAAAUGACUUCUUUGGAGAACACAACCAAUGUGAUCGGAACUAUGACUAACACUACGUUGGAUAAACAGCAGAAGCUUUUAGACGGACAAUCUGUGGCUCUUGAUAAUCUUCAGUCUCUCACCCAGUUUCAGAGUGAGGCACUGCAAGAGAGUAGGAGUACCUUGCAAGGUUUUGUGGAGUUUAGUCAGGAGCAACAGGAAGAUCUUGCAAAGCGGCAAGAACAGCUUCAACAGGUUCAUGAUCACCUGUUUGAGAAUUCAAAAUCAAUGUUGGCAGCUCAGGAAGCGUUUGAAGCGAAACAGGCAAGCAUGUUUGUGGCUCUGGAUAAGCUAUUUGCUUUGCACAAUGCGAUGCUUCUCGAGUCCCGGGUGAUAAAAGCUUUCUUCAUAUACUUCUUGUCCAUCUUCGUCAUCUACAUGUUUACAAGUACAAAACAAACUUAUAUCAUAAGGCCAAGGCUUUACAUUGGUUUGUGCGUUACCUUAGCAUUAGAAGUGGCGAGUAUACGUUACGUGGAUGAUGCAGAACACCGAGCAUGGGUUAUAAACAUUGUCAGGUCUUUAUUUGCUGUUCUUGCUUCAGCUCAGCUUCUUCAUGCUGCUUUCACAUUCAGGGACUAUGAAGUGCUAAACCACCAGAUUCUCUUAGGGUUAGUUGAUAGAGUUAACAACAUGCACAUCAAGAGAGAUCUCUCGUGGGAUGAAGAUACGGACAGCGAGGUCGAGUGGACAUCUUGGAUUGAUACAGAUUUGACUGAUGACGAUGACAAUCUUGGAGAUCCUGAUUACAAAAUCCCAGAACAGAUCAAGGACAAUCCGGUUAUGACCUCAUCAAUGACAAAAAGACUCUACAAUCUCCGUCCACGUUAACCAGCAAAAUUAUGUGACUGCAAGCCAAAACUACAUUG